AUGAGUGCAGAUAUGCUUGAAAAUGAUAUCAAACAUGUAAUAAGCAUCGAUAUUUCGCCAUCGGUUAUUGAACAAAUGCGAGAGCGUUACAAAGACCAUAACCUAUUAUUCCAGGUUAUGGAUUGUCGUAAUUUAUUGUUUGCCGAAAAUGAAUUUGAUAUGGUAGUAGACAAAGGUACUAUCGAUGCAUUAUACUGUAUGGAAGACGCUAACGAGAACAUAGAACAAUCAAUAAAGCAGAUUUCAAACGUUCUUAUUCCUACAAAGCAAUACAUUUGUAUUUCUUUAGGUUCUCCUGAGCAACGAAAGGAUUUUAUUGAUAUCAGCUCAAAGUACUUCACACUACAGAAUACUGUUUCUAUUAAAAAUCUUAAUAACAAAGAGAAAGUUCAUUAUGUUUAUAUAUUCAAGAAAUAA